AUGGCCGACACUUCACAAUGCUUCUACUGCCGCAAGGAGGCAAUGACAAAAGAUUUCAAGCGUUGCUCGCGCUGCCGCGGCGCGCUCUACUGUAACUCCGAAUGCCAGAAACAAGACUGGGCUAGCCAUAAGGAGCUGUGUAGCGACUCGGACCGGUGGUACGACAAGUACAGCGGCUGUCGUGAUGGCUCAAUGCACGAAGGCAAGCUGGAGCUCAUAACCUGGGAGUACACGGAUCCCGAGUCCGGGGACCGCAUGGGCUGGGGUAACGUCCUGAUCGAGGAGGCCGAUGACCUGAAGCGCAAGUUCGAGGUCGACUGCAAGGGCAAGAAGUCUCUCUUCUUCAAGAAGUGGCCCCAGGGCUUCCGGUGGACGUGCUGCGGCAUGGACGGCGGCGUGAACUACGGCUGCGACCACCACGGGACGGGGAGCAAGCCCUGCACUUGCGACUUCUGCCGCAUGGGAAGGCCACUGCCUGACAGUAUUUACAAGGAGAAGACUGGUCCUCGCAUGGGCCUUAGGCUUCCGCGCGGCCCUGACCCUCGCUCCUUCAAUCCCGUACUGGCUGCCCAGGCCGCGCAAGGCCGUAGUAUGUUCGGUCUGGAGAUGUAG